AAAUGUCUAUGGUAACUUGACGUCUUUGACUUCUGUCUGUUCCGUUCUGGGUGUAAUUUUCUGCUCAUAGUUUUAUAAAAUCGCCGAAAUAUGGCGAAAAGAAUCGCGCAGAGCAACAUUUCCUGGGCCUCCUUGGCCGAGAGGGUCCCGGCGGAGCAGAGGACCAACCUCGCCGCCUUCAAAAUCAAGUCCGAUGGUUAUCUUCGAAGGGUGCUAGCGAAUCCCCCGGAGCCUCCGAAGAUCAAUUGGGCACUGUACAAGCAGACAGUGCCUAUCCCUGGUAUGGUGGACAACUUCCAGAAGCAGUAUGAAGCUCUGAAGAUCCCGUACCCCGCAGACACGCUGACCGCGAAGGUGGACGCGCAAUGGGCUGAGGUCAAGAAGGCUGUGGAUGCCUUCGUUGCGGCAUCCAACGCUAACAUUUCGAACUACCAGAAGGAAAUCAACGAGACCAAGGCUCUCCUGCCCUACGACCAGAUGACCAUGGAAGACUACAAGGACGCCUAUCCCCAGGACGCCAUCGACCCCAUCAACAAACCCACCUUCUGGCCUCACAACCCCGAGGAACAGCUCGACUAUGUCGACCCCAACAAACCCGUCGGUGGUCACCACUAAACCAA